AUGUUGACGAUUAAAAGAGAACAAGCCAAAAAUCGAAAAAAGAAUUUGCUGACGCAAACAUUCAAAAAGUCAACUGCCACCAACAGCGAAUUAACUAUAUCCGUUUCCAAAGCCGAAUACACUUUGCCGGAAGAAAUUCAGGAAAAAUUAGAAAAAAUUCUCAAAAUUGCGGUUGAAAAACAGGAUAUUUCUGCUCUGGUUAGUCUUUCCUUGGUUGGAAAAAGAGAGAGCCGGCAGUUAAAUUUACGUUAUCGUAAGAUAAACAAAUCUACGGACGUUCUGGCUUUUCCUUUUUAUUAUAACUACCAGAAAGAAAUUGGCUCUUGCUCCGUUGGGAAGUUGCGGGAUUUAGGAGAUAUAUUUAUCUGCUAUCCCGUAGCCCAGGAGCAAGCCCAAGAAAAUCAACACUCUUUAAAACAAGAGAUUUGCUUCUUGUUUCUUCACGGUUUACUUCAUUUGCUAGGCUACGACCACGAAAAGGAUAAAGACCGAAAAAUAAUGUUUGACUUACAGGGUUGA